AUGUGUGAGGGGAAAAAAAAUAAAAAAAUCUCUGCUCCAGUCAUAAGUCAAGACAAGUACAAGCAGCCUCAGAGAUCCCAGGAGCCGACUACUGGAGCUGCACCCGGGAGCCAGGGAAGAACCCCGACCCCACAGUCUGCCCAGGUCAACCCACCACAGGUCAUGUACCUCCAGACCUGCCUCCUCCUGCUACUCUACAGCCAUGUGGAGGCCAACGUCACCCGCAGCAAGUGGCACCGAGCUGUGAUUUUUCCAUCCGCCCAUCGUGUGCGCCGUUCUUCUGCGGAGUUCCUGGACCCUGUUCUUCAGAUGUCUCUGCCGGAGGUGGAGCUGCUCUAUGAGUUCCUAUCUACCGGAGUAAACAUCGACCAGGAUGACCGUCUGACGCUCCGUGACCCGGAGUUGUCCUCUCUCAGGAAGGCCACCACGUUUGACAUUGUGUGCAAUGAUGUGAUCCCAAAGUCUAUAUCGGAAAUCCUCAGGUUGGGGGAUAGAUUGUCCCACGUCCCUGGUCCCCUGAAGAGGGAGGACUUUGAGCGGACUCUCCUGACCAUGGCCUACGGAACCUUAAAGACAUCUCAGUCAGACAAUAGUGACCAGCAGAAGUUCUGGAUGCAGAGCCUCACCAAACUCUUCAUGGCUUUAAGGAGAGACUUGAUGUUUCCAUAUGAUAAAAGAGGUCACCACUGAGCCAGGGGUCUUCACACCCCCCAUCUAUCCCUGCAUGUUGUCAUAGACCACCAGUAUAUGCGAGAGUAUAAUUUAUUUACCAAGUGCAAUGUGGACGGAUCUACAGACUACUGGAUAGAAGAUCCUAAAGUGGUGUUGUCCUCAGGAUAUCAUUUCUUGGGUACCGGGGGCUUGUAAUUGUAUAAUUUAGUAUUGUUUAUUGUACAUUAUAGUAAAAAAUUCAUAUGGGGUCUAUCACAUGAAAGCCCCCUUUAAAUACUGGUAUCUAAUGCCUUAGAAAUUCUAAUCUGGUAGAUCUAAAUGUAUCCAGCAAAGACCCCUUAAUAAGAAUUAAUAUAGGAACUCACCAGCAGAAUAGUGAGUACAGCUCUGGAGUAUAAUACAGGAUAUAACUCAGGAUCAGUACAGGAUAAGUAAUGUAAUGUAUGUACACAGUGACCUCACCAGCAGAAUAGUGAGUACAGCUCUGGGGUAUAAUACAGAAUAUAUCUCAGGAUCAGUACAGGAUAAGUAAUGUAAUGUAUGUACACAGUGACCCCACCAGCAGAAUAGUGAGUACAGCUCUGGAGUAUAAUACAGGAUAUAACUCAGGAUCAGUACAGGAUAAGUAAUGUAAUGUAUGUACACAGUGACCCCACCAGCAGAAUAGUGAGUACAGCUCUGGAGUAUAAUACAGAAUAUAACUCAGGAUCAGUACAGGAUAAGUAAUGUAAUGUAUGUACACAGUGAUCUCACCAACAGAAUAGUGAGUACAGCUCUGGAGUAUAAUACAUGAUAUUACUCAGGAUCAGUAAAGGAUAAGUAAUGUAAUGUAUGUACACAGUGACCUCACCAGCAGAAUAGUGAGUACAGCUCUGGGGUAUAAUACAGGAUAUAACUUAGGAUCAGUAAGGGAUGAGUAAUGUAAUGUAUGUACACAGUGACCUCACCAGCAGAAUAGUGAGUACAGCUCUGGGGUAUAAUACAGGAUAUAACUUAGGAUCAGUAAGGGAUGAGUAAUGUAAUGUAUGUACACAGUGACCCCACCAGCAGAAUAGUGAGUACAGCUCUGGAGUAUAAUAUACAUUUGCUGAACAUUUAAUACCUUUUUAUAAAUAAUUAUUGUGUAUGUGAACUGUAAAGUCCUGUUCAAAAAAGGGCCUCUCUUUUAAUUGAAUAUAACAUUUCUUAGUAAAGAUCAUAUGACUUGUAUACAUUUUGAGUCAAUCCAAUGUGGGCAUUUCCAUAAGUGCGUCUGGAAAAAAUGACUCUCUUGACUAUGGACAGUGAUGGUCUCUCCACUUACAUGUUGGGUCUGUUGCAGCACAGAAGUCCUCCGCGGCCCCGGUCUCAUGUUGCU